AUGGGGCGGGAGAGGGUCAGGGGGAGAGGACACGCCUAUUCCAGUUCCGCGGCACUGCAUGCUGUUAUGAAAAUAAAGUCCCGGUGCCAGGGAAUGAACCAAAAGCCGCCUGACGUCAGCUGCACAGUCACCCUUGAAGGGGGGGGGGGGCAGAAGGAACCACCCGGGCCCCGCCUAGAGCAUCCAAACUGCUGCGGGACGCGCGCGCAGGCAGGUCCCAAGGCCCGGGGAAAAGUGGCCGGAGGGGACCGCUCUAAACCUCCCGCAAGCCGUCACGUCCGGGGCCGGGUAGGAAGGAGAGCUGACCUCCGGCUGGCCCUUCCUUCCCUGCUGCGGGACGAGUCCGAUUUCCUCAGGUUUCCCCUCGGUGCCUAUCACUCUCGCCCACCAGUUCAGGACGGGAAGCCAGGCGCGGGCAAGGAGGUGGCCUCCCUCUCUGGCACCCGGGCCAAAGCCAGGUGGAAACCAAGGAAGAUUCCUUGGGGGACCCUGAGUCAGCUCCGCAAACUCCACCUGUCGAACUGUCCUCAGAUGGGCGCCAUUACUGCCCUGCCGGGGUGGAGACCUCACUAUCUCUGUGCUGUCCUCAUGACCUCUCUAAAAGGCUUGACAGUGCAGCUUGACGAGAAUGGGGACGCCAGCCUCCAUCAUGAUUUCCUGGAUCAUCAAAAGUAAUAAUGAAACACCUGAGGGAAGAAACUGGGAAGAACGAAAUACUGAUUGAAGGCCUGCUCUGUGUUGGUGCUCCUUUUCAGCACAAAAGCACUAAGGGGAAGGAUCUAUGCACUCUCUCAAUAAACUCAUACAGAACACCUAUUAUGUAUCAGGUGUGUGUCAUGUUUCAGACGAAACUGAGGCAAUGAAUAAAAGGGCUUUAUCCAAAUCAAUAAAUCACCUUUGCAUCAAUA